UUAUUCCUGGUGUCAGCGUCUGUCUCCAGUUUUCCGCCAGCUGUGGGAAAGAUUAAACUGAGAAGGAGGAUCUUCUCACAUUUCAGUCCAGACCUCGUUGUCUCCCCGCUGGAAGCGCAGAUCGACGCUUUGCAAUGUGUUUUUUCCAGUCAGGGCGCUCCUCGCGCUCAGGAGGAGCGUUCCCCUGGUUCCCCUGGGGGGAGAGGAUGUCCGGAUUAAAGCUGGAAGACGAGGCGCGCCUGGUCUUAUUCAUGGAGCUGCUGAAGAGUGGGGGGUUGUUUUUAGCUGCUGCUGCAGCUUCAGGACCACCAGCUGUCCGCUGUUUGACUGGAGGUCUGGGCUCACUGCAGGCAUGAGUGCGGGACCACCACUAUGGCAAGACCCGGGACCACUACCAUGACUUCACUCAUCAAAUCUAAGCAACACCAAACAAGAGWCAGUAGCAGAAUAAGCUGUUUGAACUGGCGAGUGUGGUCAAAACUCUGCUGUGGCCAAAAAUGGAUUCUCCUCCUCCUACCCUUCCUCCUCCUCUUCAUCAUGAUCUGCAUGAUGACGAUGACUUUGCCCCCUCCUUUGCCGCCCGUCGACACCGACCGGCGCUCGUCCCGAGCUCUGAGCUCGACGGGGGGCUUCAGAUCCAAGCCCAGAAUCGCAAAUUCCCCUUCAGCUGCCGCGUUCCAGCAGCAUCUUCAUCACAUCCAGCGCAGUAGAACCGGUCCUGCAGAAGACACGUCUAAAUCUCCACACAGACCUGCUGGUGAGGACAGAAACAGCAUCAACGUGAGAAGCCAUGCUGGCGUUCACAGAAACAAACACAGAGACGUUGCUUCUGCAAACAAAGAGGUGGCAGGCGCCGUUCAGUCAGCAUAUCAUCAUCAUCAUCCUCAACUUUCAAACUUUACUGUCAACAACACAGAGCUGGAGCGUAGAAUUAACCCACGCAGCCACACCGCUGUGGUAAAACCCACAGCUCAGGCACCAAUUUACCUCAAACAGAAGAAAUCCACAAGAGCUUCCAGGCCUCCAGCAGAUCGAGGAAGCAAACAUCCACAGGGAGGCAGACACACAAACAGUUCAGAACAUCAGCAGAAACUCAGACAGCAUUCAAAGACAUCUGAGGAAAAUGUGGAUAAAAAGCAUCGUUCUGUGAAAAAACACUCUAGGGAUCAAAAAAAGCUCCAUUAUUUUCCUGAAAAUCCCCCUGAAAAGAAGGUGAACAGACCCUCAGAUCCCAGGACAGCUGUGAACAGAGACGACUGGUGUCGGACCUUUAGGYAGCAGGACUUCUCAGACUCUGACCACAGGAGGAUCAGAGUGAGCCGAGACCUGCAGCCUCUGCCCUGGUUCAGCAAGGAGGAUGUUGAAAAGAUGGAGCUCCUGGCUGAGGGGGAGGUGCUCAGUAAGGCCAGGAUCCCCGCACACGGACAGAUCCUCCAGGUGGCGAUGGAUCCUCCUGAACACCACCAGGUAAAUCAGUCCCAUCAGAACAGGUCCGGAGCUGCAGGGAGCCACAGUGAGUCCUGCCAGCAGGGUCUCUGCUCUCUGGUCAAACGGGUGGAGGACUGGUUCGAGGUCUUUGCCUUCCACCUGGACCGGGUUCUGGGACUCAACCGGAGUCUGCCUGCUGUUCUCAGAACCUUCCACAGUCCUGUCCUGCCAUACCGCUACAUCAACGGCUCCCCCCGCCCCACGGUAUGGUGGGAUCCUGACAUUCAGCACCUUGCUGAUGAGGACAGUGACCAGAACUCAGUGACACUCAGCUGGGUCCAGUACCAGAACCUGCUUCAGGCCAGGUGUGGCAACAAAACAGACCUGAGGUCUGAGCCAUGUGUUGGAGUCCAGCACUCUGAGUGGGGACGACUGGCUCUUUUUGACUUUUUAUUACAAGUGAACGACCGUCUGGACCGGUACUGCUGCGGGUUCAGACCUGAUCCAGCAGAACUCUGUGUGGAGAACCUGCUGCACAACAAGUGUGGCACCAGCAAUGACCUGUUGCUGGUCCACAUUCUGGUGAGAAAAGCAGAUCCUUCCAGGCUGGUAUUUAUAGACAACGCUGGCAGACCACAGCAGACCAGUGACAACCUCAACUUCAGGCUGGUAGAGGGCAUUGAUGAGUUUCCAGAGAAAGCGGUGUCCGUGCUCCGCUCAGGGUGUCUGGAGAGUCUUCUUCUGCGCUCUCUCUACACAGACACAGAAUUCUGGGAACGCCAUGGUGGGGCCGCCGGUCUCAGGCCUCUGGUCCACGUCGUGGAGCAGAGAGGCCAGAUUCUCCUCCAGCACGUCAGGGARAAAACGCUGCACCUCCAGAGGGACCUGUGACCCAGCAGAUCUGGUCUGAACAGAAACCAGAGUCCAGAGAAACAAGAAGAGGCUCCAGAAGARUCUGCGUCACAGAGCCCACAGUUUUUUUCUCAAUGAGUUAAAUAUACAACUUCAAUUAUUUUAAAGKCAACGUUGGUAAAAUAAGCUAAAAAUAUCAAGUUCCCUCAUUUUCUGCUGACAACUGCAGCGCGACUCCAUCCAGGUGUCAUGAUGGGAGCAUCUGUGAAAACAAAUGACUAAAUUUAAAAAAAAUAAGAGUUGAUUUUGUUUUAAGUAAAGAUUACUAAGCUCCAGAAACAGAACUAAACAAAGACAAGGGUUGUCCAAUCCUGGUCCUGGAUGGUCGGCACCCUGCAUGUUUUACUUGUUUCUUUGCUUCAACACUGUUUCUAUGCAGUGAAGCCUCUCAAAGUCACAUUUCACAGUUUGUGUACUUAAUCUUUUGCAGGUUUAUAUUUAGAACCUAACAGUUAAUGGUUUGUGAUAAUCCCUGUAAUUUUGUGGAAGCUGUAAAUAUAGUAAACAGUAAAUACAGUAAAUGUAGUAAAUAUA